UUUACGCUUCACCGAUGAUGACUGAGAACAACGAGAUGGAGAGCGACUCGCAACUGCAGCGCUCCCCGAGCAACGUGCCCAUCCAGCCAGUGCCAUCCAAGUUGCAGAGGCUGAAGCGCUCCCUCUCCUUUAAGACCAUGAUGCGCAGUAAGAGCGUGGACAACUUCUUCCAGAGGUCCAACAGCGAAGCGCGCCUGCCCCCGGACUUCAUCACGGACCCCCCUCCCCCCUCGCCCCCGCUGGUGCCCGGCUCGCCCCUUCUGGGUGACGCCCGCUCCCCCUCGGUCUCUCCCUCCCUCAGCCCGAACCCCUCCGUGGCCUCUCACUCGCCCUGCCUCAGCCUCUCCCCCUCUCUGCCCGCCAAGCCCGUACGCCCCCAGAUCAACCACUGCUUUCAGGACCACGUGUUUCGCAAACCCACCAACUGCCAGCAUUGCAAGAACAUGAUUGUGGGAAACUCCAAACAGGCGCUGCGCUGCAAAACCUGCAAGAUGGCCGCUCAUCUGUGGUGCACCUCCGAUCUCUCACAGCAGCCCUGCUACGGAAAGUCCGGCGCGUUCAAGCGAAACUUCAGCUCUCCCAUGAUCAUCAACGACCAACUGGCUGUGGUCAAAGAGGUGCAGCCCAGCCAAGAAAGCCAUCGGUCCCGUGUGGAUCCCAUCUACGCCGCUCUGCGCUAUGGCACGUCUCUGGCCCAGAUGAGUCGCUCCAGUUUUGGAAGUUUGUCUGAGUCUCCCACACGCAGCCUGGGAGAGGGAGGAGAGGAGACGCAGAGACAGUACAGCAUGGAAGAGGAUAUGCCCACAGAAGCAGCAGAAAUUCCAGUGCCUGACGUGGAGAUAGAGAAGGAGGAAGAGUCCAGUGAUGUGCAGAACCAGACCCCAGCGGAGGAGAGCGGUGUAAAGGUUCCCAAGCGCAUUGAUGUUCAGUCCAUCCACACUUACGUCGCUCUGUACAAGUUUCUGCCUCAGGAGCAAAAUGACCUGGAACUACACCCUGGAGAUCGAGUGCAGGUCACAGACGACUCCAACGAAGAAUGGUGGAAGGGUAAAACUGGAGACCGCGUGGGCUUUUUUCCUGCUAAUUUUGUGCAGCGGGUGCGUCCAGGAGAGAGAGUGUGGAGAGUGAUCCAGAGCUCCCAGGGAAACCGUGAGCGAGGACACAUGGCUGUGCGAGAGUCCCAGAUCUGUGUGGGCAAAAGAGAAGACGGAGAGGUUUUUCUGAAGCUGAGCAGUGGAAAGAAGAGGGGUUUGGUGGCUGCCGACUCCAUAGAAGAAAUCUGAAAGUCUGCACUGGACCCGAGAGACUCAUUUAAACCACAAAAAACUCCUAAAGACACCUGCACCAUAUGCCUUUUUAGGGCAUUUUAAUUGGUCCAGAUUUGGGUACACAGUAGAGAUGCGCGGAUGGGCUAUUUUUUCAUCCGCAACCGCGAUACAAAACUCAUCAUCCGCCCGCUAUCCAUUUUGCACCGAAGGUUUUCAAAACCGCACCCGCCCGCCAUCCGCCGACUGAUUUUAGAUUUUAGAACAAUCAUACAGCAAACAAACUAAGGAGCCUCGAUAAAAAUGCAAACUAUAGCUCAUUCAUUCCAAAAUUCGCUCAGUGUGUAUGUUCAUUCUUAAUUGUCAGAGUCGGC